AUGGCAGGCAGUUGUGAGGGCAGAAGCCGUGUGGUACGAGGAAUGUACUGCUCUGCGACUUGCUACUUGCUGCUACUAAACGGCUUGACCGCCCAGCGGACGGCAGAAGUCAGGUACCCCGUGAUGGAGGUACCCUGGUGUGCGGGGAGGGGUGUGAUUAGCGCAAACGGCAGAAGCGAGCAGGGAGUGGCAAACAGGGCGAACGAGUACGGGGCGGGGUGGGUGAGCGCCUCACAUGGCACGCUCAAGAUUUUCCAUGCUGUUGGCGGGCGAGUGGCUGAGUCAGCGGUAUUGUACCGAAUCUGUAUCGCGGGCGGUAAAGUAAUGUUUUUGGGCCGGGCGGGGGCGCAGGUGACGACGAGCUGCGAGCCCCAUGGUGCAACGGAUCCGCGAGCAACACAAUCGACCCAGGACCAAGACCCACGACGGGAGGCAGACGGUGCAACCAGGCGGCUACGUCAGCACCGCACAUGUCACGGCAGACGGCUGGUUGGCCGCGGCCGCCACAGCGUCGACGAUUCAUCGCCCGCCGCGAGCGCUGGGCGUGGCCGUGGCCGUGGCCGUGGCCGUGGCAUGAGGCAUGAGGCGCGAGGCAUGAGAUGCGACAUGAGACAGACGGUAGACAUGACGAGUCAGGGCGACAUGUUCUGGAAGUCCCACAAGGGGAGCGCAACCUGGCCAGCCCGCACGUCCGCCGUGCAUGCGAGCGAGACAUCAUGUGCCUCCCCACGCCCAGCCGCAGACCCAUUCACAUCACAAGAGCCACGCGCGCGGCGGCGGUACACGGGGGGGUGCACGCCGUGGGCACACCUGGCCCAGGUGGCGUUGGGGGCCCUGGAUGCGUUGUUCUUCUCUCCAGGGCAGGGCAGGGCAGGCAAGGCGACGACGAGAGGAGGCGGACAAGAUGGAGGCUCUCUGUUGCUGCUGCACUACACCACCUCGUAG